AUGGGCGUAUCUGCUUACAAUCGAUCUGUAUGUGUUUGUCCUAUUAAUAAAUUUGGUGAUCGAUGUCUUCUUGUCAAUACAAUUUGCCAAAUGGAUAAAAAUUUAACAUGUGAAAAUGGCGGUCAAUGUAUUUCUGCUGAUGAAUAUAUGAUAUCGACUAGAAAAUUUGUAUGUAUUUGUCCAAAAGGUUAUAUUGGUGAUCGAUGUGAAAUAGGUGAUAACAAAAUAAUUCUAUCAUUUCAAAAAAGUAUUGUUUUAUCUCAAUCGAUAUUUAUUCAUUUCAUUCAAGUUAUUAAUAAUAGUCCACCGAUGAGAACAACAACUUUUCGAACAAUUUCUCUUACAAAAAAUUCUCUUAUAGUUUAUUGGUCACAACCAUUUCAUCUUGUUUUUAUUGAACUUUUCGAUGAGAUUUAUUAUUUAGCUGUUAUUCAAAAAACUUAUGAAAGAUCAACAACAAUUAAUAAAAUGAUAAAUCCAUCAGAUCGUUGUCGACAUAUAAAUGAAUUAUUUAAUGAAACAUUUGUUCAGAUGAAUGUUCUUCGUCGCAUCAAAUAUUAUCAUUUACCAUGUCAAAAAUAUUCAUCAAAUCUUUCUUGUUUUUAUGAUGAUCUUCAUAUUUGUUUAUGUUAUGAUUAUGGAAAACAACGUUUAGCGAAUUGUUUUGAGUUUAAUCAUAACAUGAAAUUUGAUUGUUUAGGUCAAAGUGUCUGUGAAAAUGGAGGUCAAUGUUUUCAAGAUACUCCAGAUUGUCCACAAAGAUCAAUGUGCAUUUGUCCAACAUGUUUUUAUGGAACACGAUGUCAAUUUAGUUCAAGUGGAUUUGAUGUUGUUGAACGUUAUCAAUUCUAUUUAAACAAAUUAUCAACAUCAAAUGAUAUAUUUCUGGAAACACAAGUAUUCUAUAAUUGUACGCUACCAAGAUUUGGUUCCAUGUGUCAAUAUGAAAUUACUUAUUAUCAUCAAAAUCUUUUAUCUUUAGAUGAAAUUAUUCAUGAUUAUUAUCGUACAUAUGAAUAUAAUCCUAAUAAUUUUACUUGUUAUACUCAAUUACAAUGUAAUCGUGGUCCUUUUCCAGCAUGUUUAGAUUGGAGUGAAAUUUGUGAUGGACAAGUAGACUGUCUUGAUGAUGAAUUUGAUGAAGAACAUUGCUGGCAACUUGAAAUAAAUGAAUGUAAUGAUAAUGAAUAUCGAUGUACUAAUGGACAAUGUAUACCUCAGUCGUUUUUUCGAGAUGACAUUAACACUCAUGAUUGUCUUGAUGGUUCUGACGAAAUUCCAAGGAUCGUUGCACAAAGUGACAAAUCUAACAAGUAUAUACAUCAAUCACUUGUUAAAAACGAAGUCUGCCAAUGUAGAGUUGAAGGUGAAAAUUGGUGUGAAGAUGAAGAUUUUCAUACACACUAUGUCAGAAAGAAUAUUUCAUUUCAAACUAUUUGUGAUGGAUUUACUGAACUGAUUCCGAAAAUUAUCGAAGGACAAAAUGAAACAGAUGAAACAGAAUGUGAACAAUGGCCGUGUAAUAACAUUUAUACUCGUUGUGAUGGUUUAUGGAAUUGUCCACAUGGUGAAGAUGAACUUGGUUGUGAUUUAUCUUCAACAUUAAAUUGUUUUUCAGAUCAUCACAGAUGUGUUUCACUUCAUACGAAUGAACUCAUUUCUCUUCCUGUUAAGCAAGCAAAUGACGGCAAGAUCGAUUGUCUUGGUGCUACUGACGAACCAACAUUAUGUCAAGAAAAGUAUCAGAUAGAAUUUUCAUUUAAUUUUUACUGCAUAAAUUCAAGCCGUCAAUCAUGUAUUACAUUUAAAAAUCUAUGUGAUAAGAAUACAGUUUGUGAACAUGGAGAUGAUGAAACAUUUUGUGUAAAAAAAUCAAACAGAUAUUUCCACAUAUGA